UUGGCACAACCCAUCAUUGUUCAGCAUGACUUGGUUAAACUCAUCAUUGGUCAGUAUGACUUGGCACAACCUAUCAUUGUUCAGCAUGACUUGGUACAACCAAUCAUUGUUCAACAUGGCUUGGUACAACCCAUCAUUGUUCAACAUGGCUUGAUUCAACCCAUCAUUGUUCAGCGUGCCUUGGUACAGCCAACCAUUGUUCAUCAUGGCUUGGUAAAACCCAUCAUUGUUCAGCAUGGCUUGGUACAACCAACCAUUGUUCAACAUGGCUUGGUAAAACCUAUCAUUGUUCAACAUGGCUUGAUUCAACCCAUCAUUGUUCAACAUGGCUUGAUUCAACCCAUCAUUGUUCAGCAUGGCUGGGUACAACCAACCAUUGUUCAACAUGGCUUGGUACAACCC